AAUUAAUCUAACCACGUGGUGUACGUACGUGUAGGAUCAGGAAGAUCAAGACUAGACAAGAGAGCAGCGGCGCGGCAUGGCUGGUAGCAGUAAAAAAGGAGCUAUUAAAGAGAUUGAGAAUGUUCAAGUUGAUGGAUUGGUUGCAUUGAAGGUGAUCAAGCACUGUCAGGAAGAGGGUAGCAGCUCUGAACUCGUGACUGGGUUCCUGGUGGGCUUGGUGGUAGGGACCACUCUCGAGAUCACCAACUGUUUCCCCCUGCCCAAGGAAUUGGACGACCAAGAAGAGGAGACCAAGUACCAGGUGAACAUUUUGAAGAAGCUUCGGUCCAUCAACGUUGACUACCACCAGGUCGGCUGGUAUCAGUCCACGUACCUCAACUCCCACAUCAACAAGGAGUUCUUGGAGAGCCACGUGCGAUACCAACAGACUAUCGAAGAGUCCAUUGUUCUCAUUUAUGACCCUCUAAGGACGGCCAAUGGUGUGCUCAGCUUGAAGGCGUUCAGACUUACUGACACUAUAGUGGAAAUGGUGUCCAGAGGGGACUCCUUCAGCCCCGAGAGUGUACAGAAGGCUGGGCUAGAUCACAAGGACAUGUUGAAAGAGCUGCCAGUGACCAUAAGAAACUCUCGACUCAUGAACGCCCUCCUCUGUGAGCUGGACACCAGAGAUACACAGCCAAAGAAAAUGGACUUCCUCGGACUAUCGUCCAGCCAGCUGCUUAAGAAGAACAUGCAGUUACUAAUGGAGAGUGUGGAGACCCUGCAACAGGACAACUACCGGUUGAUUGGUUAUGAAAAGGCUCUUGCCAAACAAGCACAGUCCAGGUUGGCCGCCUUCGCUAAGAGGAAAGAGGAGAAUGCCCGCCGUGCCCAACAGAAUGAGCCUCUUCUUCCCAUAACAAAGGAGGCCAUUGAGCAAGAGCUGAACCUGCGUCCGGUGAACCCUCCCCCUCGUCUGGAUGCCUUACUGGCGGGGGAGCAGGUGGAGCUAAGGUGUCAGCAGGUCACUGAGAUUGCAGGAAAUAGCUUCGGAAAACUAUAUCUUACUGAAGGACUUCAACAGUAGAUGAGAUAAAAAUGUAGCCAUUUGAUGACAUUUUGUUUAUAAAAGAAUUUGUUAUAAUCACA